CCAGAACCCAUCUCGUUCGAGAUGAUGUUUGACGACUUCGUACAAACAUCAAAGCAGCAGCCCAACAAUGGUUCCUUUGGGCAAGGCUUCGAACAAGAUGAAGGUCCUUCGUCCUCGGCAGUAGCAAAUAAUGGGUACAAUCUACCACCCGUAACAGCUCUAGAGACAGGAUUCGUGUCAAACGAUGUUGAUAUUGGAGGUAAUGCAGAUCCAUCACAACCCAUCUUCCAAUUAGGCAGGGUUCAAUACGCCUUCUCCGCUCCUUUGGCUCUCUUGACGGUUUCCUCCAAUAUCCUAACGAUGUGCAUGUACGAUUAUCCUUCACCGGUACGACUGGCACAAGGAGCACCAAUGCCUCCACCACCAAGACUAGUACGAAUCGAUUUGGACGACCCCGAAAAAACAGUAGAAGCAGAAAUUCCAUUAGCACCUUUACCGCGCGCAAGAAAUGCUCCUGCUCCAGAUCCAUCGUUGAUGGGACCUCACAAGAUGUUCAGCGAUCCAACUGGAAAACAUCUGAUCAUAACGACAAGAAAUGGAGAAAACUUCUAUUGGAUAAGUGGAUGGAAGAAAGCAAAAGCGCUGCCUAAAUUAAAAGGUAUUGUGAUUGAAAGCGUUGCAUGGAACCAAUCAGCUUCAAGCACUGCCUUCCCCUCAAAUAAGUCUGCAAGCAAGAACCAUAAGAGAGCCGGCUCUGGAGCAUCAACGCCAACAACAAUCACGACAAAAGAGAUCUUGCUAGGGACGCAGACCGGAGAUCUAUACGAGACAAUGUUGACGACCAAUAGUGCAUCUGAUGGAGAUGAAGGUGAUUUCUUGGAUCGAUUCGCCCGCAGGACAGCAAACACAGUGGGAGGAAGUGGUGACGUCGACAAGUAUUUACAUCAUGUGUUCCGCCUGUCCGAGAGACAGCCUGUCACAGGACUUGCGUCAGAGAUUUUCGGUCCGUCUAGCCAGAUAUCAAGAGCUGUGGUGAUUGCGACAACCAGUACAAGAAUAUACGAAUUCGUUGGUGAACUGAAAGGGAGAGCGGAUGGUGAUACUUCGAGCGAAUCGGAAGCACUAUAUAACAAGCUGUUCCUACCCUACCGAACGGACGCAAUUCCAAAUCUAAAGUCGGAAUUACCAGGCGAUCUACCUUACUCUGAGCUUCAUCUAUGGACACCGAGAGGAAAAAGAAAUGCAAAAGCUUUAGCAUGGCUGACAGGACCUGGUAUCUAUCAUGGACUAAUAUCCUAUGGCGAUCAGCAAGUUGGCGAUAGUGUGAUCGAUAGCGCAAAUCUACUACCAUACCCAGCAAUGGCUCUUUAUUCGCCUAAUGGCGAGAAUGAAGGUGAAAUGGUGGCAGAGAUUCCAUUGAGCGCUGCAUUGACAGAGUUUCACUUUGUCCUUCUCUAUCGUGAUCGUGUGAUGGCUAUCUCAUCUCUUGAUGAUCAUGUAGUCUUCCAAGAGAGCCUACCACUGCAACCAAACGAGCGAGUGAUCGGAACAGCUGUAGACACGACAAGAGGCUCUUAUUGGAUCUAUACUGAUUCAAGUAUAUUCGAACUAGUCAUCGCGGAGGAAGAUCGUCAUGUUUGGCGGAUCUAUCUUGAGAGAAACAAUCACGAACAGGCAUUAAAGUACGCAAAGUCAGCUCUGCAACGGGAACAAGUGCUUUCAUCCCAGGGAGAUUUGUUCUUUCGUGAUGGAAAGUUCAUCCAGGCUGCACAGUGCUAUGCUCAAACGUUCUCACGCACAUUUGAGGAAAUUGUGUUGCAAUUUCUGGACUGUAACGAGCGUGAUGCUUUGCGAUAUUUCCUGGUGAUGCGGUUGGAGCGACUACGCAGAAGUGAUCUAACUCAACGCAUGAUGCUGGCAACUUGGUUGGUGGAAAUCUACCUAGGCAAGAUAAAUGAUUUAGAGGACGUCGCUGCUGCAGAAGAAGCCAGUCAAAAUGUUGACAAUUAUCGAAUCGAGAUGGAUCUGCUUCAAGACGAACUCAAACAAUUCUUGGUCACGUACAAAGACAAUCUAGAUAGAAGAACGAUUUUUGGACUUAUCACUAAACAUGGAAGGGCAGAGUUCCUACUCCACUUCGCUGCCAUUACAGGAGAGCAUGAUCGUAUCGUGCAGCAUUGGAUACGAGAGGAAGAUUGGGAAAAGGCGCUCUCUGCUAUCACAAGUCAACAUUCGCUCGAUCUGUACUAUCGCUUUGCUACGACCCUUAUUCGACAUCUACCGCGUCAAACGAUUGACAGCUGGACGAAGCAGGAGCGACUCUCGCCACGAAAGUUAAUUCCCGCUAUGGCUUUGUACAAGCCAACGCAAGGCGAGCCUAAUUAUGUCAUACAGUACUUGCAGGCAAUUGUUCGAAAUGGUGCAACAGAGUCGUCGCUACACAAUUUUUUGCUAUCACUCUUGGCAAAGCAUGAUGAUCCAGGUUUGAUACCUUUUUUGACAAGCAGUGUGAAUAAUCCGCUGACUGGCCAGCCAUACUAUGACUUGGACUUUGCAUUGAGGACAUGUAGCAGUUUUGGCAAAACGGAAGCCUGUGUUCGUAUUUUUGCAAAGAUGGGUAAUUUCGAGAAUGCAGUCGAUUUGGCUAUUCAAGCAGGCAAUGUAGAUUUGGCAUGUACGUGUGCAGAUGCGAUUCAAUUCCAAACGGGCAAUCACUCACACGGACAAAGCGCAAUCAACGGUAUGGGAAACCAGAUGGAUACUUUGGAAGGCAGACAAUCGCUACGAAAGCAGUUGUGGUUGAAAGUAGCUCGCUUUGUUGUAGAAGAAAAGAACGAUUUGGCAGCAGCGAUGGCGUUUUUGGCCCGCGCUCCAGAUUUGUUAUCGAUCGAAGAUAUUUUACCAUUCUUUCCAGAUUUCACGGUCAUUGAUACGUUCAAAGAUGAUAUCUGCAACGCUUUGGAGAACUAUGCACAAAGGAUCGAUACGCUCAAAUCGGAAAUGGACGCUGCAACGCAAAGUGCAGAAAGUAUUCGUGCGGAUACGCAAAAGCUUGCCAAUCGAUUCGUCAGUGUAGAAGCGGAUGAGAAAUGCGGAGUAUGUCAAGAAUUGGUAUUGCAAAGGCAAUUCUAUGUGUUUGCAUGUAAUCAUGCUUUCCAUGCAGAUUGUUUGGUUUCAGAAACGACCAAGUAUCUCUCGCCACGUACACUUCGCAGGAUUCUGGUUUUGCAGGAAGAGUUAUCGUCUCUGACGGGAGGUUUGAUACCGUCUUUGCCUCCGUCAUAUGCGGCAGCGGUUGCCUCUUCGAUGAACAGUACAGCCAAUGCCGCACUUGCAGCUGCCCAAAAAGCUGCUACUGGAGGUAUGGGAACGGUGACAAAUGGAGUCAAUCUGCUGGGCUUAGACAAAUUACGAGAACUAAUCCUACCAGAUGCAAUCGUAGGAGCGAUAAGUGCGAGUGUCAGCGUCGGAGUGGCAAGUGGCAGAAAGGCUUUGGCUCCAUUGGAUCCUUUUGCUGAUCCGACUGCAUCCUUGCGUGCAAAGCCUGCCGGGCUGGAUGACGCUUUAAAUGGAAGAGCCGAUAAUGACCAAGAGGAAGAUGUUACUCGCCCAGGCCAGAAGACUCAAGUGACUAUUGCUCGUAGAGGAAGAAAGUUGGAAGAGGAACAGAGAAUCGCCGAGCUACGAGAAGAAUUGGAUGGGUUAGUAGCAAGUGCAUGUAUCCUGUGCGAUGGAUCUGUUCAAGCCAUCAACAGACCGUUCGUCACAGAUGCUCAUGAACUGGAAGAGUGGGAGCUUUGAAGGGCUCCACAAAUGUUAUUUCAUACUUUAAUAUACCAACAGGUGCACCUAUGCAAUGCAAAUUUUAUGAAAGAAACCUUACUUCUCGAAUGGCUUAAGACCACUUUGAACUCGUUGAGCAGCGGCUAGAGCUGCCCAAUCCUUGUUUUCUUGACCUUUGUUCAAGUCGAUUGUAGUAUUGAGAUGCUUGAUGGCUUGUUCGACGAUGUGCAUUUGACAAUCGUUUUCCUUUCCAAGUCUGGCGAUGUGUGUUGCAUCUUUCAAUCCACCUUGUAAGUCAAAACCACCCGAAGCGACGAAUUUCAAACUUGCAAUCUUUGUUGCAUAAUUGAUCGCAGAAGGAGCAGGAUAAAAAGCUUCAACCCAUUCCAAUACACGAUCUGCUCCUAUUCCAGUCUU